GAUGGUGAUGAGGGUGAACGUGUAUUUCCACCAAUUCAAAAGGAUGAUGAUGGUGGUCCACUUCGUUUCUUGGUAGAGCUAGGUCUAUGGGUAGUUCCAGGUUUCUUGGUAGAGCUAGGUCUAUGGGUAGUUCCAAGUUUCUUGGUAGAGCUAGGUUUCUUGGUAGAGCUAGGUCUAUGGGUAGUUCCAAGUUUCUUGGUAGAGCUAGGUCUAUGGGUAGUUCCAGGUUUCUUGGUAGAGCUAGGUCUAUGGGUA